AUUUUUUCAUAUCCAAAUCUCAGUUGGCUCUGACUUUGCCUCGCUCAGUUUUCACUUAACUUACUCGUCAGUAGUAGUCAGUAGUCUUGUUUGACUCAACAUAGCUGUUCAAUUUUCCACAUUCAAGAUGAGUUUCACACUGUUGAGCAAUCUUUUAACUGUGCCCAUUAAACGGGCCUGUGCUUCCCACGGUGAAACAUUUACGAAGGGUUGCGGAGGUGGACUUGGAACUGGGGUUGGGAUUGGGGUUGGAUAUGGCGGCCAGUUGCAGCAGGUGCGCCGUCAUGCGCCUAUUUGUGGCCCGCCGCGCUUUCCUAUGUCCACGGCGCAGAGGCUGAUCUUUGGUGUGGGGCCGAUUCUGAUCAUGAUGAUCCUUCCGUAUUGGGCGCUGUCCCAAGUUCCUCGUUGGUCAGCAAUGCACAACAAUCGACCCUAUCGCGAUGAGGAGGAACCACACGAAGAAUAACAGAAUUUAUCGCACACACGGAACACACUUAUAACAUGCUAAUACACUGCAAACGGUGACUUCUUAUUCUUGUUAGCAACUUGCAAGGCCAGCGUAUUUCUUGUUUAAGUGUUAAAUAAAAAAUACAGUGCAACAGAA